AUGACCGUUACAUACGACCACUCCUCGUUACGGAGUGCCGCUCCUACCUCAAUGGCCACCCUCGAAGACCGCUUUGAAGUGCUUAAGGAGGUCGGGGAUGGUAGCUUCGGCAGCGUCGCUGUUGCACGGGUGCGGACGGCCGGUUCCAACAUUGCACGGAGAGGAACCAUGGUAAGUUGCACCAGCUUCCGAGGCACGAGGCACACCUAA